AUGCCGCUUUUAAAAUACCUGCAAAUUUUAAAGCUGGAGGAAAAGCAUGGUGCUGACAUUGGGAGAGCAUAUCGGAAUAGACAGAGUGGCACCAAUUUCAUCAACUACAUUGGAGAGGAACUCGGUAAAAGAUUAUAGAGGAGAAGAUAUCUGGUGCCAAUUUCUUUAGUGUUCUGACGAACGGCCCUGGAAAAGAUACAAUUGAAGUUGUUACUGCAUUUCUCAGGUUGGUACACAUGCAUUCUCAAAACACUUUAUAUAUUUACAAAAGUUAAACUGUCAUUAAUUUUAGUAUUCCUGUUUGGUAUUUCUGUGGCUGUGCAAUGUGUAAACAGCAAAAGUAAGUGACUAAAAUUACUUAAGUUCAUCUGCAUUUCAAGGUAUUGUGAACAACAGCUACCCACCAAGCGUUCUCAGCCUGGAUUAUUAUUUUGAGGACAUCAAGAAAAUUUGCACUUUUGACGUCAUGAUAAACAAUAUCAAACAAAUCUACACAAAUAUAUAACAGUGCAACAUACAGAGUUUUUUAAUGCAAUAUUCCUCAUAGCGGCUUAAAAAUCAUUUCGCAUGUAGAAAUCUACAUGCAUGUUCUUUUCACAUGAAAGUGCUGUAUAAAGCUGAGCAAUUUGUUUAAAUAAACAGAAGAACAAAAUUUCUUUAUUCAUACGAGUCAGUGGAUUUCUCAGUCUGAGCAGGAGAAAUUUAAAUAGUUUAAUUGUACCUACCAGAAGCGUGUACGACAUUUUUGCACACACCACUAAUUUCUAAGACAUCUCUUUCGCAGGGUCUGUGUUCUCGUGCUAGAACACGUUGGGUGAGCUAAACUUUAUUUCACUGACACACCCCCAGGUUGGCAGAUUUGAACAUGGCAGUGCAACGGGCAUUGUAAGUUGCAUCAAAGAGAGCUUCCAGGCCAUUAACAUCAUGGAUGAGUCUUUUGAAAAGAAAUUGGUUGGUUUCGCUGCUGACGGAGCUUCUGUGAACCGCGGAGAGAAAGAGGGUGUCAUCGGCACCCUUAAAGGUCGUCAACCCUGGGUGAUCUAUGUCUGGUGUGUUGCACAUCCUCUAGAGCUUUCCCUUAAAGAUGCAUUGCAGGGUACCGUCUUUGACGAUGUGGAUGAAGUCUUGCUUUGCCUGUACUACCUGUAUGAGAAUUCCCCCAAGAAACUCAGGCAGCUUUGGGAGCUUCACAACAUUUAUCGUCAGACCUUCGAAUUUGAAGAGGGAGGGGCCCGGCCAAAACGAGCUUGUGGUAAUUAUGAUACUUCUCAUUUCUUAUCGUUAUUAUGUUAGUUCAAUUAUCAGGUGAACUGGAACACCUAGUUAGUAAUGGUGUUAUUCAAAGAGAAAAGAACCGCUGUCACUGCCUAGCUUUUGAAAUGUCUGACUGAAAACAUUUGCUCUUUUAGGAACCCGCUGGAUUGCCCACAAACUAAAUGCCCUACAGCUUGUGUGUGACAAGUACGGGAUUUACAGGCAGCACCUUCAGACGAUGUCAGAAGACAAGUCUUACAAGUCGGCGGAUCGCCAAAAAUUUAAAGGCUGGCUAAGGAAGUGGCAACAAGCUCGAAUUCCUUUAUUGGCUCGUCUUUUUGUUGAAAUUCUUAGCCUGGCGAAGGUGUUGUCCUUCGCUUUUCAAGAUAACGAUAUUGACACAGUUUCUUCCAUCCAGCGCCUCGAGACGGCAAAAAAGCAGCUUGCAUGUCUAGAACGGAAGAAUUUUGAGGAUCUGCCAACAGUCAAACGAUUUCUGGACAAAGUUGAGGAAAGAGACGGAAAAUUUUUCUAUCAGAACGUUGUGCUGCCCAACUUCAAUGAUGCUAAGGAGUCCGCAAAAGUAUCAAAACGCAUGUUGCUGGGAAAGAUCAAGGAAGCAAUGCAGACAAGGAUGGAGGCAGCGGAAAACAAGUAUGUUGUGAUGGCCGCCACUAUCUUGAACUGCAAAGGAUGGGAGAGGAAGAACGAAAAUGGGGAAGAAGAUGUGGAGUUUGCUGACAACUAUGUGGCAGCCCUAUUCGACCACUUCCGUGAACCAUUGUUGAAGGCAGGCUUGGAUGUCGCUCUUAACAGUUUACUGGAGCAGUGGCAUGACCUAGUGGCCUAUGCCACACGAUACCUGGAUCCUUCUGGAACACACUACCUGCGUGUUUGA